AUCGUUUCUUACCUAACCCUACAGGAACAGCUGUUCAUAAAAUAAACAUACAAAAUGUCCCAAAUGCGGCGCGAGGUGCUGAGUGCUUUUAAGAAGCUACACCGCACACGGCAAUAUGUUUUCCAAGGCGAUGAACUAGCAUUAUCGGCGGGGCGACAAAAAAUAAACGAAUCGUUUUCGCAAAACAAAAACGAAACAAAUGAGAAGGAAAUCCAAAAGAUGAUCAAAUUAGCCCAAGAUGUAGACUACGAGCUGCGUACAAAUGUAAUUCAGGCCCGGAAGCGCGAGGACGACGUUUAUGAAUUGCGCAUCACGCCAGAAGUUACACGCUUGGACAAUAUCGUAUUUGAUCCCGACGCCAUUAUUGAACCACCGCGUAGACGACGUGGAGCCAAAGUCCAGGAAGGAUGCUGCGGUGGAGCAGCGACGGCCGCUCUGGAGGCUGAAGUCGAGGACCGUAAAAAGUAAUACAUAGUGGGAUAUUAUAAUUAAAUAGUCUGUUCGGUUGCUACAUUUUA